CCACCAGCAGCCUCCGCUGUAAGCUCAGGGGUUGCGGGUUGGGCUUCCGACCUGGCUCAAACAUCGGCCCAAGUUGCGCGCCGCCUGCGCCUCUUCACGACUGUGCUCUCCCCCUUCUAUUCCUGUCGUCUGUUGGACUCCGCUCCUCCUCCCCCGCUGACAACACUUGCCUCUGCCUUGUACCCGGGGGAUGCUCACCGAGCUGCCCGGCCCGCUGUGUUCGAGCCUGCUGCUCUGGCUGGACGAGGGCGCGCUGGGGGCGCUGGCCAGCGCCGCCCGGUCGCCCUCGGAGCUGUCCGCGGACCCGGCGCUGUGGCGGCGGCUCGCCUCGUGCCGCGACCCCCGCGGCGUGUGGCUCGCCCUCGGGGGCGCCUUCGGCGGGGCCGCCGCCGAGCCCUCGUCGGUCGACUGGCGUGCGCUGUGCCGGCGGCUGAGCCCAGGGGCCGCGGGCCUCGCCUGGCCCGACGCCGAGGCGGCAGCUGGGAGCGUCGGGCCGGAGAGAGGCGGCGGACGGAGCCCGCCGGAUCGAAUCGACUACACGUAGGAUCGGGGGCGACCAAGAG